CUCGCGAAGUUCCCAACUUCAAAUCCUUCGGCCACCACCACCGUCACCUCCUCCGUCGCGGGAACGAUGGGGAUAUUCGAGCCGUACAGAGCGGUCGGAUACAUCACCACCGGUCCCUUCUCCGUCCAGCGCCUCGGCACCGAGACCUUCGUCACCGUCAGCGUCGGCAAGGCUUUCCAAGUGUACAACUGCGCGAAGCUGAGCUUGGUGCUUGUUGGUCCCCAAUUGCCAAAGAAAAUACGGGCCCUCGCAUCGUACCGUGAAUACACUUUUGCUGCUUAUGGAAGUGACAUUGGCGUAUUCAAGCGUGCUCACCAGUUAGCAACUUGGAGCGGGCAUACUGCUAAGGUUUGUUUGCUGCUGCUGUUUGGAGAGCACAUAUUGAGUGUAGAUGUUGAUGGCAAUGCAUACAUAUGGGCGUUCAAAGGAAUGAAUGACAACCUUUCCCCAGUGGGACACAUCUUGUUGGAUAGCAAUUUUACUCCUAGCUGUAUAAUGCAUCCAGACACUUACUUAAAUAAGGUUAUUCUGGGAAGCCAGGAAGGGCCUCUGCAGCUUUGGAACAUAAGCACUAAGACAAAGCUCUAUGAGUUCAAGGGAUGGAAUUCCUCUGUUAGCAGUUGUGUUUCAUCACCUGCUUUAGAUGUUGUUGCAGUUGGCUGUGCUGAUGGCAAGAUUCACGUUCACAAUAUUCGCUAUGAUGAAGAAUUGGUUACAUUUUCUCAUUCGAUGAGAGGUUCUGUGACCGCCUUAUCUUUCAGCACAGAUGGGCAGCCUCUUCUAGCUUCUGGUAGUUCAUCUGGUGUUGUCAGCAUAUGGAAUCUCGAUAAAAGAAGGCUCCAGUCAGUCAUAAGAGAUGCUCAUGACGGUUCUAUAAUUUCUCUCCACUUCUUUGCUAAUGAGCCUGUGCUAAUGAGUUCAUCUGCAGAUAACUCAAUUAAGAUGUGGAUUUUCGACACAAGUGAUGGAGAUCCUCGUCUAUUACGCUUUCGAAGUGGUCAUAGUGCUCCUCCACUCUGCAUAAGGUUCUAUGCUAAUGGUAGGCAUAUACUAUCAGCUGGUCAGGAUCGUGCCUUCCGGCUUUUCUCAGUUGUCCAGGAUCAGCAAAGUCGAGAGCUAUCUCAACGUCAUGUGUCCAAGCGAGCAAAAAAAUUGAAGUUAAAGGAAGAAGAGAUAAAGCUGAAGCCUGUUAUAGCAUUUGAUGUUGCUGAAAUUAGGGAGCGGGACUGGUGCAACGUAGUGACAAGUCAUAUGGAUACCCCGCAGGCAUAUGUGUGGAGACUUCAAAAUUUUGUCAUAGGGGAGCAUAUUCUGAGACCAUGCCCCGACAAGCCCACACCUGUUAAGGCUUGCACGAUUAGUGCAUGUGGAAAUUUUGCCAUUUUGGGAACAGCAGGUGGUUGGAUUGAGCGAUUCAACCUUCAAUCAGGAAUUAGUCGAGGAAGUUACAUAGACCUUGAAGGAACAAACAGUGCUCAUGAUGGUGAAGUGGUUGGAGUGGCUUGUGAUGCCACAAAUACUCUCAUGAUAAGUGCCGGUUAUGCUGGGGACAUCAAGGUCUGGGAUUUCAAGGGACGUGAAUUGAAAUCUAGAUGGGAAAGUGGUUCUUCUUUGGUAAAAAUAUCUUACCAUCGUCUGAAUGGUAAUUAA